AUGGAUUAUAUUCUAUGUCUAUUCCUGGUGCCAGCUAUAAUCGUUUUGGGGGUCCCCGAAUCCGAGUUUUCCUGCAAUGAAAAUAACUGCAACUUCACGGAUAUGAAUUAUACCGAUAAAAGAGAACUCAUUCUGGACUCUUGCAGAAACCUGACAGUGCUGAAGCUUACGCCGCACAUUCACUUCUUGGAAUUACGGAAUUGCACAAGUAAUAACCUCAGUGUAGACGACAUCAGUGAGCUGGCUCUGCUUAGGCACUUUUUGCUGCACAGUGGACACUUUGUGGAGCUGAGCGAUGAAAUGUUUGCCAAGUUGUCCGGUUUGGAGCUACUCGGAGUAACCUUUAGUGACAUAGAACGGGUCUCUGCUAACGCUUUCAAGGGGCUCUCCAAGCUGUGGCUCCUCUCCCUUGAUAACAAUAGCAUAAGCAGUUUGCCGGAUAAUGUCUUUCAGCCACUUCCAAAUCUAAGUUACCUCUACCUCAGCAGUAAUAGGUUCGUUACUCUUCAGGACAACCUCUUUACUCAUAACCCAAACCUAAGAGUGAUAACUCUCGAUGGAAAUCCGCUAACAAAGCUAUUGCCGAAAACUCUGGAGUCCUUUACAGAGCUUUAUGUCCUGGACCUAAGCAACUGUAGUUCCCUUCAUGAGCUCCAAGUGCACAGCACUGAUACCCUGAUCCUAAACAAUAGCGCACUUAACAGACUCGACAUAUUUGGAAAUGUUGGCAAAGUCCGGGCCGAAAAUAAUCAGAUUUCCGUUCUCAACAUCCACAACAAGAUUCCGGUCAUCGAGCUGGAUCUGCAUGGCAACAAGCUAGAAUCCCAUUUGCUACCCGGUAUCCUCUUGGGCAUGUGGAGACUCCAACAUCUGGACCUUUCCAUGAACCAAAUAGAAGAUCUGCCCUCCCUCAAGAGCGCAAAUCCUGGCGAGGCCUUUAUUUUACCCAAUCUCAUGUUUGUCAACCUGUCGGGCAAUCGAUUGGAGACCCUGCGUGGUGAUUCGCCCAUGCUAUCCCCCAGUCUCAUCCACCUGGACAUAUCGUACAACAGGAUACGCGUCCUAGAGCCACAUGUCUUCGUGUCGCUACUUCCAGCUAUUUUUGUUCUGGGGAUCACCGAUUUCGAUCCCACCUGCGAGGGAAUCACCUGUGACGGUACCGAUCUAGACUCAAACGACACCGAAGACAAACCUGCUGCCGCGCAUCAGUGGGAGCUCCAUCUGGACGACUGCAGUAACCUCACAGUGCUGAGGCACUCCCCCAAUCUGCACACCCUGGACUUGGCAAACUGCUCCAGUGGCGACCUGCAUGCGGACGACCUCAGUGCGUUGCCCAAUCUUGGCUACCUUCAUUUGCGUGGUGGCCAUCUGCCCGAGCUGAGUGAUGGACUGUUUGCCAAGCUGCCCGAUCUGAAGGUUCUUGAGCUGGGAGGCAACGCCAUAAGCCGAAUUCCUGCCACCACCUUCAGGGGACUCUUUAAAUUGUGGCUGCUUGGAUUGCAGGACAACAACAUUACCGCCCUGCCCGAUGGAAUAUUCCUCCAGCUUCGAAAGCUUCUACAUCUUGACCUUGGCAAUAAUAAGAUAGAAACCCUUCAGGAAGGAAUCUUUGCUGGAAGCCCCAGGCUGCAGAUCCUACUACUACAUGGAAAUCCGUUAACCAACGUAUUUCCUUCGGCUCUACGGUCACCGAGGCGGCUUAUUCUCCUGGACCUGAGCAACUGUGGCCUCCUGGAGGAACUGCAUCUCAAUGACGCCUACAUUCUCAUGCUGGAGAACAAUGACAUGCGGAGCCUUUCCAUCGAGGGCAGUGUGGCCAAGCUUCAGGCGGCGAAUAAUGAGCUAACCCAUCUCAGCCUGAGCGACAAGAAAUCCAUUGUCAAGCUGGAGCUACAUAAAAACAAACUGGAGGCCGAUGACAUUCCCAGUAUGGUCAUGGGGAUGUGGAGGCUUGACUACCUAGAUCUGUCAAAGAACCUUAUCGACAGUCUGCCUGUGCCCAGUGGCGACAAUGCAAGUGAGUUCUUCCUCCUGCCCAAUCUCAGGUUCCUGAACCUGUCGAGCAAUCUCCUAGAACACCUGCACAGCGACUCGCCGCUGCUGUCCCCCAGUCUCAACUACUUGGACCUUUCGUACAAUUUAAUAUAUAGCCUAGAGCCCCAUAUCUUCAGCUUGAUCAAGGAGCUGAAGGGCCUGCACAUCGAAGGGAACCUCAUCCGGGAGUUCCAAUACGAUCACUUCUACCAGCAGCAGCCACGCCUUAGGGAGUUGUCGCUCUUCGAUAACGUAUUCACCACGGAAAGUUACCAUGCCAUCACCAAAUACUUCACGGAAGCCGGAGUCAGAGUCAUAGAAAAGAUUCGGGGAUCAACUCCUGGUCACAAUAUCUCGGGGAACUUUAUGGAGAAAUCUGAUCUAUCACCACCAAAAAUGGGGCACCGUUUUCCUAAACUUCAGCAAUGCACGGCUCUUGAAAAAUGGAGCUCGGGGGAUAUAGUGAUCUUUACAGGCCUAUUGGCAUCUCUUGUCCUUAAUGUGAUCCUUCUCCUGCAAUUUCGAUACUCCCGCAGACGUGAGAAAUGCCUUAUUUCGCUUUCUCGGAUUUUAGGAAAGAGACGAAGGUCCAAUAUGGAAGCCAGACUCGUCAGUAUUGAAGACUCGGAAAUAUGA